AUGAUUGAGAUUGGUUCCAGUGCGUUUCCAUUUCGAUUGGAAACGUUUCUGAAGAAUAAUACAGAUAUCGAUGUCCGUGCUCUCUUGACUGCCGAUCUCGGAGAAUUCACUCCGCAGGAUUUCCUGUAUGAAUUCUACACGAGAACUUCAUUAGAGAUCGCAGGACUGAAGAGAAAACUUGGACGAAUUAACUCCGACAAACCUCAGACGAUUGGAGGAGUUAAGAUGUUGCGAAAAGAGUGUGUAACUACCAGAUCCAGGAUUUCUAAAAUGGAAAAAGAAGUAAUGGAUUUGCAUGAAAGAAAAAGAUUGCUGGAAGAAGUCAGACGUCAAGAAUUGUCCACUGGGGCGUCAGAUAAAGCCCAUCAUCCGAUAAAACACGAUAGGGGCGUCGCUCUUCCUAGUAUUCGGAAGACAAAUGUUCGCAGUCCUAAAGCCAGUCCUCCUGCGGCAUAUCAUAACAAGAAAACAUUGUUUCCAGCAAUUGUCCCCCUCAAACAUUAA